CCAGUUUUUCCGGGUGUGGGUCCGCCGUCGUGUUGUUAUAGCUAGCAUGUUCUUAAAGUGAAGCAAACACUAUAGCUCAGGAGGUGACACUUAUCAAGUUCUCAUGCGUUGCUAGCUAACUAUGUUUUUUGGUUUGCGGCAUUUGUAGUGCCUACAAUACCGACACACUUACCUCACAGUUAACAGUUAGCUAGCUAAUCCACAAAAGCGGUCAGUGUUAUCCAGAUGCAUUACGAGAGGUAACGUUAGCUUAAAGCGGAACGUCGGUCUACCGGUUCUUAGCUCUGAAACUGGCCGUCAUGGGAGGCGUUCGCUGGGCGUUCCGGUGUGGCUCGUGGACGCCGACCCGGUCCGAGUGGCUGUUGGCGGCCCGGUGUGUGCAGCGCGAAGAGAAAGAGCGAAUCGGACAGUUCAUGUUUGCCAAAGAUGCCAAAUCAGCUAUGGCUGGCAGGUUGUUGUUGAGGAGGUUGGUGUGUGACAGAAUGGGUGUUCCCUGGGCUGACAUCCGCUUGGAGCGUUCUCCCAGAGGAAAGCCCUACCUGGCCAACCCAGUCUGCUCCAGCCAUGAAUCUGUGGGCUGGAGUUUUAACAUCUCCCACCAGGGUGACUACGCUGUGCUGGCUGCAGAGCAGAGGCUGCAGGUCGGGGUGGACGUGAUGAAGACCACCAUGCCAGGUAGCAGUUCUGUGCCAGAGUUUUUCCGUAUCAUGACGAGGCAGUUUACUGAUUAUGAGUGGAGUGUUAUCCGCAGAGCAGGAUCGGAAUGGGAGCAACUGACCAUGUUCUACAGACACUGGGCGUUGAAGGAAAGUUUCAUCAAGGCGAUUGGCACAGGGCUGGGCUUUAAUCUACAGAGGGCGGAGUUUCACCUGUCACCUGAGCCAAUUGCAGAGGGCAAGGUCUGUCGCCGGACCACAAUGCACCUGGAUGAGGAAGAAGAGGAGGUCUGGACCUUCGAGGAGACUGUAUUGGGUAAUGACCACCAUGUUGCUGUGGCACUGGGACCCAGCCAUACAGUCGGAUCUGUGCCUCCCCCUGCCCUCACCUAUCCUCCCCCCUCCUUCACCUUCCUCUCCUUCAGUGACCUCAUAAGCAUGCCACACCCCUCUUUGAAGAAGACUCCGCCUACUGGGAGAACUUCCAGAAAAAGGCUGAAGCCCCGGAAAGACAAAGACUCACAGCUACAGUAUGAGGACCGUACAGGAACAGUCGGUGAACAGCAGGGUUGGUGUGAUGGAGGCAUCUGGAGGAGCUGGCCAUCCUGACAACAAAUCAGACUUAAGCAUUGAAAUAUGUUGGUCCUCAGACCCACCAGAGUCAAUGUGUUAUUUCAAUGCCAGUGAUGAAAAGGUUCCAUGACUGCAAAUUGCUCUUAAUCAUGGUAUUGGUGAUAAU